AUGACCCGGUAUGUUUUCGCGUGGCUCUGGGCCGUCCCUGUACCGGCUCAGCUACAGACCUUCCACCCUCUCGGCCACGAUGCAAUCACCUAUAGUAUCAAUGUCCCCGACAAGACCGCCCAAACUGGCUCUGGGUCUAUAUACUUCCAAAUGAAUUCCACCCGUCAGGUGCGGUGGUUUGCUCUAGGGCAAGGAAUGCAGAUGUCAGGCGCCAAUAUCUUUGUUGCUUAUACUUCUAGCGACAAGGUGACAGUUUCGCCACGGUCCGGCGCAGCCGAAAUUGAGCCGUUGUAUAACAAAGAAGCCCAAAUCACAAUGCUCGAUGGCAGUGGUGUACACAACGGGGUCGUUACCACCAAUAUCCGGUGUGACAGCUGCCUAAAAUGGAUCGGUGGAACAGAGAAUGUCAACAGCUCUUCAAGUCCAUGGAUUUGGGCUGUGAAGUUCGGAGAUUCCCUGGAUUCAACCAGUGUAUCCGCGACAAUCACCCAGCAUGACGACCGGGGCAUUGUGUCUAUCGACAUGAAGAAAGCGACGGGUGGCAGCUCGGAGAAUCCAUUUGCUCAACUGGCUCCAGCGUCUGUUUCCAGUCCGGCUCCGAGUUCUGAUCCCUUCUCUAACAUGAUCAAUCGAAAGAAGACGGCACAUGCUGUGCUCAUGAUCUUGGCCUUUGUGGUCAUGUUCCCAUUUUUCGCGAUGGGCCUCCACCUCUUCCCAGCGAAGUGGACAGUCAAUAUCCAUGGGCUCAGUCAGCUGUUCACUCUGGCUGUUGCAAUUUCUGGUCUCUGUGUGGGGGUUUCUAUGGCAAGGGAUCUCUCCUUGGUUGAUCACUAUCAUCCAAUUAUCGGCAUGGUAGUUGUCGCGUGCCUUGUUGCUUUCCAGCCUGCCAUGGGCUUAUUACAGCACCGGUUCUUCCGGAAUACUGGCGGAAAGGGGCCUUUCGCCUAUACUCAUCGGUGGUUUGGGCGACUACUGAUCACCCUGGGAAUUAUCAAUGCUGGACUAGGAUUCAAGCUCGCGCAGGGACCGCGCGGGGCGGUGAUUGCGACCAGCGUUGUGGCUGGAGUCAUGGCACUGGGUAUUCGCUAUAUCAUUGAACUCUACUUUGACCGUCAAACCCACCUGGCCUCUUGUCGCAACCACGCGACGUCCUCUAUACCUCUGAAAAGGCAUUAUAAUGCCAUUGCAUACAUUCGCCCUCGGUGCAGCACUGACGCCUACAGUGCUGCACACUCUGAUCAGCCACGUAAGCUCUUUUUUGAGGGGAAUACCGAAGCCCAUACUGAUGUCGUGUUGCAGUACCUGCACCGUAAAUUGCUGCACAAUAAACCUACCGUUCAUAUCACCUACGAUGAGGGCAUCCAGAUCGUGCGCCAAUUCCUUUACUAUGCGUCUAAGCAUCCUGUCGAAGAUCUCCAAGCAUUCACCCGUCAGUGGGUGCCUAGCCCACAUUGGGUGAGAACCGAGACCAUCACAAUUCCCGAUGAGUUCCUAUCGUCUGCCGGAGACGCGAUUGUCAAUCAACUGGGCCCGAAAGGUAUCACAAGAGUUGGAGGAGAGAAGUGGUGGCAAUGGCGUGGGCCAUCUGAAGGUCUGAAGGGAGAGUGGAUUGAAAUGCGCAACCACUACAAUGAAACCGAGAAGGCCAACCAGCGCUCCAAUCGAGUUAUGCUGUAUAUCCACGGUGGUGCAUACUUCUUUGGAAGUGUCGACACACAUCGGUAUAUGAUGCAACGUCAUGCGCGCAAAAUCAAAGGACGUGUGUUCGCGCCGGACUAUCGUCUCUCGCCACAAUUCCCAUUCCCAUGUGGGUUGCAAGACUCAAUGGCUGCAUAUUUAUGGCUGCUCAAGUCAUAUGAGCCCAAGGAAAUCAUUUUGGCUGGUGACUCUGCGGGUGGAGGCAUGGCCCUUUCAAUGCUGGUCAUUAUGCGAGACCAAGGCAUUCCUCUGCCCGCAGGCGCCAUCUUGAUUUCACCCUGGGUUGAUCUGACGCACUCUUUCCCAAGUAUUGUGAAGGAUAAUCCAGGCGAUUACAUCCCUCCAUGGGGUUUCCGACACAAACCGUCGACCGCUUGGCCACCUCCCAAUGCCGAUGAUAUCCUGAAGAUGAAGAGAAUGUCGCAGCAACCGACAGUCACGGCCGAAGAUGUACAGAAGGCAAUUCCUGCUCCGAAUAGUGAAGCGGAGGAGACGGCUGUUCGUGGAUAUACUGUCCACGAAAAAACCCCUCCUCGCGACGAACCUGCCUACCCUGGUCAACAACAGAACCAGGAUCCUGCUACCUUGCAAACUGAACCCGACAACAUCCAUGUCGUGUUGGAUGGAAAGACAGUUGAACUGAAGGAUCAAAUCCAAAUGUACACGACAAAUCAGCUCAUGUCCCACCCGCUUGUUUCGCCUGUCUUGCAGCCGUCACUCGGUGGUUUGCCUCCUCUUCAGAUUAUCAGCGGUGGCGGUGAGAUGCUUCGUGAUGAGCAGUUCUACGUGGCUCACAAAGCUGCUAACCCGAAAGCAUUUCCGCCGAGUGAUGUGUAUCUGGACGAGAAUGACCCAACUCGCGAGACCUUGAACAAGUACGCACCAACUUAUGUGCAGCUUCAGGUGUGGGAUGAUCUUUGUCAUGUGGCUCCCACUCUCAGCUUCACACGACCUGCCAAGUAUAUGUUCAGAUCUAUCGCCCAGUUCGGCGCUUGGGCUUUGGCUCGUGCGCAGAAGGGAGAAAUUGAUGUUGUAGACGAUUCUGUCUUCAUGCCCCUCACCUCUAGCAGCUCUAGCAGUUCUGAGGAAGGGCUCCCAAGUACUCAGGCCAAGACCAACAAAUUACCUCCGAAAGAAGGAGUUGCAUUUGUCGGCAAAGCCGGAGAUCCCCUACCGGCAUUCCAUCAGCACAUGAUUCGCCAACGUGUCGAUAGACAUGGACACAUUUUCCCACUUGAACCUCCUUCCUCAUAUCCGGUACUAGACAUUCCGCCCGCUCACGUCGGUGCUAUCAAUCCUGAACUCAUUCGGAAGUGGCUGGAAGCAAAGCAAGAAUGGGACAUCAGGUUCUCCAAGGAGAAGCUCCGGGUCCAAAGUCGUCGCAUGAGAGAGUUAGCCCAUGGGUUCCAGGAUUUUGACGGUGAAUGCCCGCCUGCAAGCUCUUUGGCCGCUCGACGUGCUGCGCCUGGUGUACUACCAAAACGUCAUGCCAAGAAAAACUAUGGUAUGAUGCUUUGGAGCGGCUGGGGAAGCAAGCAUGAUGAGCGCACGAUGGAAAAGGAGCGGCUGGCUACACAGUCAGGCCGACCCUCGACUCGUCCCAGUGUCGACGCUGGUCAGGCUGGAGUUUGGUCCAGCACACCGUCGAGAAACCCUCAAGGCGAAGUUGGUGCGGAUCACGACCCAAGCAAGGAGAAAUCACACGCCAGCGGUCCUACUUCCGUAACUUGGAAUGAGAAAGAACAUCCCAAUAACAAUGGAGAUGCUUCCACGGGUCGCAUAUCCACAGACCCGGAUACAGCCUCUCGGCCUCUGUCGGAGAAGAGCGGUCCAAUGCUCAUUUUACCUGAAGUGGACAACCGCAAAUUUACCGAUGAAAACGCAAGCACUAGAGCCCUCUUCCAUGCGGCUGGUAGUCUCCCUAUGAAGUCUGAUAUCUCCUUGUCUAACAGUCGAUACCGGCCAGGGUCUGCUGCCGGCUCGAUGACCGGUCGCAGUGAGAUGGUAUCUGACACUGCUAGCACUGUUGGUGGCGACAAGGACUCUGUUGCUCGUAUGAAUAUGGCGCCUGAUAGUGCUAGCACCCGUGCUGUGCUGGGCGCGAAGGGGGUUAUCCCAAUGAUGGCACACGAGAAUGGCCGUAUGUCUUCUGAUACACUUUCGGUUUUCUCUGCUGCUGGUCGUGAUUCCAUGUCCCAGCGUCCUGAGAUGCCUGAUAGAGAGGUUUUCAAGACAGCAGAAGAAACCCAUUAG